AUGCAAAAUAGGCGAUCAAAUGAAAUCUGGCCAACACAUUACAGAAAUCGCAAACUUUACCAUCAGAACGGCCACCAAAACCUACUCCUCACAAAAGAAAAACAAGAAAGUAGAGACAAACAACACGGAGGAACCAUUACCAUCAGAACGGCCACCAAAACCUACUCCUCACAAAAGAAAAAUAAGAAAGUAGAGUCAAACAACACGGAAGAACCAUUAGAAGAUGAGAUGACAGAUGAUCCUCCCAACAUCCAAAACAGGAUAGCAAUCAAAUCCUCUCAACCAAAACCACAACAACAAACAAACAACCCAGCAAACAAUAAGUCUGAUAAACAAUCAACCCAAGAGAAAAAAGCCCAAUCAAAAAAGUCCUCUCAACCUCUUCCCCCCAAAAACCAAGCAGAAUCUCAAUCUGUCAAACCCACCACAACCACUACCACAACAUCCAACGCCAUCCAAAAAGACAAUGCCAACAAAACGAGCACUAACAUCCAUUCAUCCUCGGAAAACAGAGAGAAGACACCAAACAUCCCUCCAUCACAUAAACGCAAGAACGAGGAAAUCCACUCAAACAACGAGGUCACCCAACUCUCACCAACAAUAAACAGAAGCAACCCUUACAUCCCAUCCACCCCUAAGACACCUGUCAAAAAAGAAAGGAAAGGAAUCAUUGAGAGCUUCAUAGAGAGUAUCUACCCUUCACCAUCCAAACCGCAGCUAUACGACUCCCAAGAGGAGAUCGAUAUCAUCUCAUAA